CAAACUGCCCAAAUGUCGCCGCAAUGACUGAGAGCCUUAGGAGGUGGGGCCAGUGCCUGCGUCGGAAGCUCCGGUUGGCUAAGAGCGAGCUGUCCGUCGCCGCCGCCGACGGCCGUGGGUUUAUAAAGGGGUCGAAUUUUCGGUUUGGGUCAGAAACACGCGGCAGGAACCGCGGGAAAAUAUCGAGUCUGCUCGACAAGCCUUCUGCAAAGAGGUGCAUCUAUACCGCACGAAACGCUGCACAACUGAAACGAAUAAACGAAGAAGAACGAAAAAAAGGAGGAACAAAGACAACAGUUUUUUGACGUGGAAAAGGAAAAAAACAACAGAAAAACGAACGACACAUUUUUGUCUGCGAAAGGUUUUCAGGAUAUUUUGCAUCGCUCUUCCGGUUGACAAACUUUUGAGACAUUACGAAAGUUACGAAUUUUCCUCAAGUAACGCCUCAGCGAACGCCAUUAGAGAAACUCGGCUAAUUCUUCUACCGGAAAAAACUUCAGAAAGAGCUGAAUUCACAACCGGCUCGCGUCCAAACACGUCCGACGAAUCUUCAGCGAAUAAACCAAACCGUGAUCAGAAGAGUUCCAUCAGUCUCCCACAUGGCGACCUUCAGCUUCAUGGCGGUGAUGAUGGCCGUCUCUCUAGCGGCCGUUCUUCUCAAUGACGGAUCGGAAGCAGCACCAGCAGAGAGAGGUUUCCUCAGUUUCUUUCAUGCACCGGAGAGAUCACAGAAUUCACCGAACUUCGCAGCCGAACAAGAGACAAUGGACUGGUCUCCAAACUAUCUGAGUGGACGUCUGAGAACCUGGCUGCUAGCCGCCAUGCCAACAGCCAGUGCUAAGGCUAUGGCUAAUGCUAUCGCUAUGGCUAAUGCUAAGGUUAUGGCUACGGCUACGGCUAGGGGCGGGCUGGUCAGAGCGCCGAGGAGCAGCAGGGAGAUGAGUAGUCCAGAUAAAUCGAUCCAGAUACUUAGGAUGAUCUCCAGGCUGGACGAGCUGUACAGGACUAUUAAUGGAACACUGAGCAGACGGAUCGCCUUCAUGCCACGAGCCAAUGGCAGAACUUCGGCAAAGAAGAAUAAAGUGGUACCAGCCCCUGAGGCAGUGUUAAAGCUCACCACAGCGCCCCCUAUGGAGACGGUGGGUACUGCACCCAGAGCUAGCACGGACAACGUCAUCCCCAGCAUGACGGGUCGAAGCUCAAAGAAAUCCAACCCGCCCCCCAAAAAGUCAAACAAAAGAGUCUGCUUCUGGAAGUACUGCUCCCAGAACUGACCUGACCUGACCUCCACACACACACACACACACACACACACACACACAUAAGUUACAACAUCAACUCACGACACCACACCCCCUCAACUCCGAUGUGGAUGUCCCUGAACUUGUGUUGCUAUGGAGACCAUUGCCUUGACCCCCCCCCCCCAUCCUCCCCCCUUGACAACGAUGUGCACACAGGAUGAGUGCAUGAAUACCACAUUCACCCCCCAUUC